AUGUUCUCUAGUGGAGACAAAUAUGCAACGGCAAGUAGAACUCAAUAUCGGCAAUCCAAACAGCAUUCAAAUAUCGCCGAAACUUAUGAUGCUCUAUGUGGUAUAUCGAUACAGUUUGCCCGUAAAUAUCUCUAUUUAAGGACAGAUCGAAAGGCCAUCUUCCAUCUACUGGCAGUUUUUCUGUUAUCACUUUUCGCUGCCCUGGUGCCUUUACCCAAUCAUUAUUAUUUUGUAAAGAAGAAUAAUAUAUUGAAUAAUUAUUUUGUUAAAUUUGGUUGGUUUUGGACCUGUAUCGUUGUAUGUCCAUUUAUUUGGUAUAUUUCGACUGCUAUUGGGCAAAACAUUUCAGGGAUUGUACAGAAUUUAAGCCGUAUGGUAAUCGCCACAACAAUAUGGUACUAUUGCACUCAUGGGUUUCUGGUAUUUGAACAAAUAACAGGGCAUUGCCAUGGAUCUAAGCUGAGUUCUCGUACAUCGUGUGCCAUUGAUGGUGGUAAGUGGGUUCCUGGCUUUGAUAUCAGUGGUCAUUGUUUUAUCCUUAUCUACAGUUCUCUUAUCAUAUGUGAAGAAGCAUUAGCUUUCCGCAUCAUAACAACAGUUCAUCGCACUCGAAGGAUGCAACCGAUUAAAAACGAAAAUCUUAUCAGAAUUUUUUUCAUCUUCAUGUGUGUUCUUCAUCUACUUUGGGAUUUUGAACUGUUGAUCUCGGUCCUUUACUAUCAUCACAUAUAUCACAAAGUGAUGGGUGCAUUGAUCGCCAUUCUUUGCUGGUACUUUACAUAUCAUAUUUGGUACAAGAAAGUUGGAAUUCCACCGUUGCCACUACAGGCUUUUAAAGUGAUAUAA